CGUACAGCAGGGGGCCAUGCCGUUGAAUACAGGACUCUUACAACUAGACCACUUAAAAGUGCGAAAUACUUACACAGAUACUUACUGCAAAUAGGUCGACGCUUGGAAAAUGCAUGGCUGAGGACGCGUUAGGGUAAAGUUGGAGGGUGUACUGGGGGGAAGGUACGUAUGGAGAAAAGUAAGGAGAUGGAAGAGAUGCAGAGAGGCUAUCGAGGCGGGUGGGGAGACCUUGAUGGUAGACAUUCUGCUUGUGAACCCCUCAUCACUGCGUGCAUGGAGGGACGGGCUGAGGUGAUAGAGCAGCUGCUGAGAGGAGGAGCCGACGCCACACUGUGUACCCCCCAGGGUCGGACCGCUCUGCAUGCGUGUCCUCCUGACCUCCAGGGGGCACUGUUAGGGUGGAUGCUCCGGCCUCACCUGCCGCCCCAGGCCGGCCUGUGGAGGGCUGCCUGGCUGGGGGACCUCCACACCCUCAGACAACUGCUGGCCGGACCAGACACAUUGGACCUGAAUGCUCCUAACCCUGAUGGUCUGACCGCACUGAUGCUGUCUGUGAGGGACGUGGACCUGAUGCAGGUCCUGGUGGAGAACAGGCUGUCUUCACCAUGGCAACCCCGGCAUGGGGAGGUGGUCCGGGAGCUGCUGCUGCUCUCUGUGGAUGUGUGUAUCCAUGACAACAGAGGCUGGUCGGCUCUGGACUACGCUCUGAACAUCAACGGCCCCCAGAAAGAUGACAUCGUACAUAUGCUUCUGAAGGUCCUCACAAAAACAGAGAGUUCUUCUGGGCCAUGCCUCCCCCGGGACCGGCACCGUUCCUCGGAGCUACGAUCGGAGCGUGAGGGUUCUGGCCCCGAGGAGCCUGCUCCAGGUCAGCCAACAGACGGACGUCCCGGCUCCCCGCGGACCACCCCUCGACACUCGGAAGGGGAAUUGUUACAGACCUCAGAAGGAAAUCCACAUUCUCACCACAACAAAAUGAAUCGCCAGGAUAAGAGGCUGCCCUUCUGUUUCCAGAUCGCCAUGGAAACCCAGAGCGACAUCAGGCAGACCGACCAGGACGCAGAAAGAGGGAGCAGAGGCAGGGGUUCAUCUCUGCCAAGCCUGAGCGAGUGGAACAAACCUGCGGUGGGUCAGAGAGAGUCUGGCAACCGCUCUACCAGGAGCAGGAGCCCCAGCAUGCCUGGAACCCCAAAGCAAGAGCACUUGGAUGGCAGCAGCAGCAGGAAACAGAGUCAGGUCUCUGGGUCCCCCAGGCCGGUCUCUGGGUCCCCCAGGCUUGUCCUUGGGCCCCAGCAGCCGACCACUUGCCUGCUGAGCCAGUCGGCCCCCAGCGUCAUGGUCCCCCUGCUGGACUCCAACACGCUGCUCCUAGCCAGAGCACAUAUCCACACACGACUUGGCUCUCACGAGAACGACAGGAACGGGACCGGAAGAAAUAGCUCCAUGCCUGCCCCUCCUCCUCAAGUCCUCCCUCAGCUCUUAGCCCCCUUGGAAGGUCGCACCAAAGGGCCCAUGUUGGUUCCUCUGCUCGUCCACCCCACGCCGCUUAAGCCCAUCAGGGGCACGCCCAGCAGGAACCUCAGGACUCUGCUGAGGAGAGAGCGUCUGUCUCGGGGCUCCGGCCCCACCACUAGGGGGGGCAGCGAGGAGAGCUCCAGCAGCAGCAGCAACCAGAGUUCCAUCGAUCUGGAUGAUGAGGUGGAAGAAGUAGAGAGGGACUUGACGUCAACGUACUUCCUCAAGGCUGAUGCUGUCGGGAGGGGAAUCAGGGCGAAAACAUCAGGGGAGCGUUUGCACCUUGUCAGACACGGGGCAAUGAGACUCUAUUGA